AUGCGUCCUCCCCCUUCUCCUUUCGUGAACCCUAAUUCUUGAACCUUCCUGCCUCCACUCAGCUGACCCUCUCAUACUCUCACUCUCAUACUCUCUCUUCUCUUUCUCGUAAGGGUCCCCACAGUGCACAUGGGAGCUGGUGUUGACGAUGAAACGAGAAAGAGCACAAGACGUUUAUGACAAAGUGUGCAAUAGCUUUCGCUAAUUUGGCAAAGAGGCUUCCCAUUUGCGGCAAUGCAAACACACCUCCUCUUUCCCUCAUUAAUUGAAAUCGCUGCCCCAGAUCGAGCAAGUGAAGAAGCUGCUAGCUAUUAGCUAUGGCUAGAGGAAAGAUCCAGAUCAAGAGGAUAGAGAACACCACCAAGAAGGCCAACAAGCUCACCAUUCUCUGCGAUGCCAAGGUUUCUAUUAUUAUGUUCUCCAGCACUGGAAAACUCCACAAGAUCGAGCAAUCAAUAUGCAAGAGAACUUGAAGAAACUGAAAGAGGUGAAUAGGAAUCUUCGUAAGGAGUUUAGGUAGAGAAUGGGAGAUUGUCUGAAUGUGGAAGAUCUCAGGCUCCUUGAGGAAGGAAUGGACAAGGCCGCCAAGGUUGUUCGUGAGCGUAAGCUUAGAGAACUAGUACUACAGGAUAUUGGUACUUAUGACUGGCCAGUUGAAGAAUGCCACUAUUGCUGUCGAUGCCUUGUCUGUAUGAUGCUGUGGAAUUUUUUUCAUGCGGGUCCACUUGUUACAUGAUGAUAUAAACAAAAUACAGCUUGAUUUAGUUCCAAUGCUUCAAGAAAUUAUUUUUGAAUGGCUAAUCAUCAUCUUCUUUACCAUCACACCAUAUGCACCAGCUGUAACUGAAGACUUCAAUUCUAAACUUUCAUCACUACAAAUAGGUGAAAAAGGGAAGUUUAAUGAGUUGCUUGAGGAUAAGGGUGUUAAUAUAUUGAUUGAUCCAAAGGCCCUUAUGAAUGUCAUUGGAACUAAAAUGGAUUUUGUAGAUGACAAACUAAGAUUUAGCCACAUAACAAAGUGUGAAGAUGGAAACUGGGCAUGGCUUGGUAUGGGGAAGAUGAUGACAGGGGCUUUGGUUGAAGAAGGGGCUUUGACAGCCUUAGCAUCUAUUGCAGAUUCUUCAGAGGUGCAAUUUCAGAAGUAUUAUGAUGUUGUGAUGCCAUACUUAAAAGCUAUUUUGGUGAACGCAAAUGAUAAAUCUAAUCGUAUGCUUCGAGCCAAAGCAAUGGAGUGCAUUAGUUUGGUAGGAAUGGCUGUUGGAAAGGAGAAGUUCAGGGAUGAUGCCAAACAGGUCAUGGAUGUCUUGAUGUCACUGCAACAAUCUCAACUGGAUGCUGAUGAUCCAACUGCAAGUUACAUAUUACAAGCAUGGGCACGGCUUUGCAAGUGCCUUGGGCAGGAUUUUCUCCCAUAUAUGGGUUUUGUGAUGCCUCCUUUGCUCCAGUCUGCACAACUUAAGCCCGAUGUGACCAUUACAUCAACGGAUUCUGAUACUGAAUUUGAUGAAGAUGAUGACAGGUGCCCUUUCAGUUAUUGUUACUGAAUUUGAUGUCAUUGUCAUAAUUGAUUGAUAUCCAUGGCAUGACAUGAUUUAAUAUUCAAUUUUUUCUUCAUUUCAUUUCUUUGGGUUGUCCUUCCUUGUAUUUGAGCUUCAAUCAACAUCUGUCUUUAUUUCCAAAAAAAAUUUAUUUUGUCCAUUUGAGAUAAUGCCUCAAUUGGGCUUUUCUUUUAACGUGAACAUGGGUAGGGAAUCCUUAUUAUUUACGCUUGCAUGAUGGGAUUUAAAGAACAGGUUACCAAAAACAAAACACGCGAUUAUGUCCUGUCAAUUUUUUCUUAUGGUUAGUCAAUGAAUUAUAAUUGUUACGUCAUUA